AUGCGCGAAGUGCAAUUUUUGCGACAUUUUGAAGAAUUGUCAAUUCAAACUAUAUACGAAUCUGAGGAAGGUAGUGACGUGUUUCAUGCUUUAGGAGCAACGGCAGUAGCGACAAUAGUAGCACGAGUCGCUGUCGGACGAUCAGCGCGAAGAGCUCUAGCGAGCGAUCCGCGUGACAGUUGUGUCGAGAUUGCGCCGAAGUUGCGAAGCGCCGACGACGACGACGGCGAUAAUGAUGCACGGCGAAGCGUUGUUUUCGCAAAUUUUACGUCCGUUGACGUACGAUUAUCAGUGAUAUUCUCCCUCCUCGCCCUGGCGCUCCUCUAUUUGCUCCACGCGUCGUAUCCUGUGAACGGUGCAGGAAAACUGAAGUGCUAUUGCGAUAUAUGCCUGGACACAAAUUACACUUGCGAAACCGAUGGUUAUUGUUUUGCCAGUACGAGCCUGAAAAAUAACGUCAUUACGCAUUCUCAAAGGUGUUACAAUAAGAUGAACUUCUUUCCGGAUACUGAGUACUCUAUCUGGUGCACCACAAACAAUACGCUGCGCGGUCGAGAUGGCAUCGAAUUCGUGGUCGCUUGUUGCGAUGAUUCUGACUACUGCAAUCGCGAUCUAAGGCCUUCCUUUCCUACUCACGAGUCCAGAGGUCGGUCGAAUUCUCGCUUUACGAACCACCUCGGAGGAGUAUCGUCGAAUGGUGAUGACUCAACAUGGGUUACCUGGAAAAUGGCCUUGACGAUAGCAGUACCAAUAUGUGCGAUCUGCGUGGUCGUAAUGGCAAUCUAUCACAUACACAUGACCAAAAAGAGGCCGGCUAGGCACUUUCCGGAUGACUCGCUGGAGGCUCCGGACCGACCAAUUCUGGGUGGCGUCACUAUCAGGGACAUGUUGGAGAUGACUACGAGUGGUAGCGGCUCAGUAGGCCUGCCACUUCUGGUACAACGGAGCAUAGCGCGCCAGAUUCAGCUGGUAGAAACGAUCGGAAAAGGCCGCUUCGGCGAGGUCUGGCGCGGUCGUUGGCGCGGCGAAAAUGUUGCUGUGAAGAUCUUCAGCUCGCGAGAGGAGAGAUCUUGGUUCCGAGAAGCCGAAAUUUAUCAGACGGUGAUGCUGAGGCAUGACAAUAUCCUAGGUUUUAUCGCUGCCGAUAACAAAGAUAACGGCACGUGGACACAGCUAUGGCUGAUAACGGAUUAUCACGAGAAGGGUUCGCUCUUCGAUUACCUCAACAGAUCGACCGUCGACACGAACGGUAUGAUAAGGAUGGCCUUGUCGAUUGCCACUGGCUUGGCACAUCUUCACAUGGAAAUAGUCGGCACGCAAGGCAAGCCGGCCAUCGCUCAUCGGGACCUGAAGUCAAAAAAUAUCCUUGUGAAGACUAAUGGUACCUGCGCCAUAGGCGACCUCGGAUUGGCCGCCAGGCACGACGUAAUCACGGAUACCGUCGACAUUCAGCUCAACAACAGAGUCGGCACGAAGAGAUACAUGGCGCCUGAGGUUCUUGAAGAGACGAUAAACAUGAACCACUUCGACUCGUUCAAGAGGGCCGACGUGUACGCACUCGGUCUGAUCCUCUGGGAGAUUGCUAGACGUUGUAAUGUCGGUGGAAUUCACGACGAGUAUCAGUUGCCCUUUUACGACUUGGUGCCUUCCGAUCCAACUAUCGAGGAAAUGCGGAAAGUCGUGUGCAUUGAUCGACAGCGGCCAUCGAUACCGAAUCGAUGGCAGUCGAUCGAAGCUCUGCAAGUAAUGUCGAAAGUAAUGAAGGAAUGUUGGUAUCACAAUGCCGCCGCCAGGCUAACCGCACUCAGGAUCAAGAAAUCGCUCGCUAAUUAUGGCGCUAUAGACGACCUGAAAUAGAUUAAGCUGUUGCCGAGCUCUUCAACAGAAAAGCGACAAAAGUCGAUUGAAUCAUAUAUGCGAAUGUUGCUAUUUUGAAAUUUGACGCGAUAGAGCUUCCGGCAGGAUGAAGAAAUAUUUCGCGUAGUCGAGAAGAAUCUGGAAUAGACUAAAUGGAAUUACGAGAUUCUUUCUUAUGUGAGAUUGGCCUCGAUCGAGUAAAAUACUAUAUGAAUAGAAUUGAUAUUGCUUUGCGGAAUUGUAAGAGAUAAAAAAUAGAAUGGAUUUUUACGCGUGUUGAUUGUUUCGAUGGGUAGCGUGCGAGCUAUAAGAAAAAACAUUAUUUCAGUCCUAAUAUAUCGCGACUUGAUGAUCGGUCACUCUGUUGAAUGGAUCAACAAGCAAUCACAAUACGCGUUCGGUUAAUCGAACGAUCGCUCAAUUACACGCCACCUAUAUUGACACACGCGGACACUAACACAUAAAAAAAGAAUACAAACCGCUGCAUAUUUAUUACCAUAAUACUAUAUAAUAAAAUAUACAAAUUUAUUAUAUAGCAACAUUUAUUGAUUAAUACUAAUGAGGAACAGUACUCGCAUAUACACACGUAUAUAAUUAUAUAUUACAUAUAUAUAUAUAUAUAUAUAUAUAUAUUCCUGUUAUCUUGGAAUAAUCGAGUCGAUUAACCGAACCAUCUAUUGUUUAGAUGAUCUUAUAAACAAGUUACCUCAGUGAAACGAUCGCUAUGUUCGUGCAAAGUAUAUCGAUUAGCCGGAAGUAAUCAGGAUGUCGCGCAAGAUUUAAACGUAUCAAUUCAGCUCCGACUGGAUGUGUUGGCAAAUUAUAAGCGAAGAAAGCCACACUGGAUAACAUUUUUUUAAUUUUAGUUCCAAAGUGUUAUCGUAAAAAUUUCUUAUUUUAGUGCAAAAGUUACGAUUACAUGUGUGGUAUAGGGAGCCUAUAUAUGCCAUACAUCAUGUUAUACAAAGAAAAUACGUGUCUUUUGAUUUGUAUUCUUCUGAAAAAAGUGCCGAGUUGAUAAAAAUGAUUAUACAGGGUAGAUAGGAAAACCGGACAACCGAGUGACUAAUGUUGACGUAUCUAAUAGUGAUAAUUUGAAUAAGGCGGAUAUUCUAGUCGAGAAAUCCUCUAGUGAAUGUUAUUGCAUUCACUGACAAAAUUCACAGUCGGAAUGUAUUGUUAACAAGAAUGCUCACCUUUCAUCCAGUGCGUGAGAUAUCGUGAAAUUUUGGCACAUCGUCCGGUUUUAUUUGUCGACCCUAUACGUAUACUCUUAGUAUAGUAGAUACAUACGAAUGUUUUGCUCAAGAUGAAUAUUUUUGCGAGAUCAUGCGGAAAAUAAGCGUAAGGGUACGCGAGGUUUUUGAAAUGUGUUUUCUUUGUAAAAUGCAGGAAAGCUGACAUUGAAAUUGAGGCUGAUAUUAAGCUCAAAAGCGCGCGUAUAUCGAAGAGAAACGCAAGAGGGUAUGAGAAACGUGUGAGAAUGCAGAAACGUGUGAAUUGAACUAGAAUUGGUACAAGAAGGAGAGAAAAAAUGAAAAACAGAUUUGAUAAAAAAAAAAGAGAAUCAUUGGAGAAUUCAUAUUUUCGGGUAUUUUUUCGCGGAAUAAAGUAAAAUACGAAAUGCAGCUAAGAUGGGAUCGAUUGUGUAUAUCAGGAGAACGGAUGUAGUUAGGCAAGAAGAAAUCAAUUGAUACUAACAAAUAUAGUUAUAAACUUUUGAGACAAUUUCUUGAACGUGUUUGUUACUUCAUUUUUAAUAACGCGAUUUUUUUAACAAUGGAGAAUGCCGCAGACAAAUUUUCUGCAUAUGAUUGA